AUGCAUGACGGAGUCCCCUUCCGGGGACUCUGUGAUAUAUUAGGCCUGCUUCUUUCAUCGAUGGGUAAUGCGCCGACUGGUGCAAAUUCGCGCACUUUCUACCUCCCGCUCGUAGCUAUGUACGGGAGGUGGUGUAAAGUGCUUGGGGAUUCUCUACCAUGUCCCACCAUGUUCAAUUGCACGUGGAUAGCAGUGGGAGAAGACCGAGGCCGGUUCUUCCUGGGAGCAUCCUUUGGACGGUACAAGAAAGCAAGCGCCUCAUGGACGCAAACAGUUAAAGAAGCAAGGUUCUCUUUGAUCAAUGAUGCGGAGAUGGCAUUGAAGGGGUAUACCAUGAUCGAUUGCCCUGCAUCUGCCAAGGGGAUUUGGUUUGGAAACUGCGCCGAGGUAUAUCCUCUACUGCAUAUGCUGAAGGGGAAUACCAACCCGGGUGCUGUGUAUGGAAUAGCUGUGCAUAGGAAAGGUGUGCUCCACAGCCAUUAUGAAGAUGGUGUUUCGGGGUGGGCUUGGAAAGCUGUACGAAGGCUGUGUGCCAACUGUGAAGAGUUGGUACGCAUGUGGGGAGGAUUGCCAGCUAACUUCGACCCAUUUGCUGAUGUUGGUGGGGCCCACUGCACUGUAGACUGCUAAUUUGAUACUUGAUUGAGGAUGGUGGUUACAUG